AUGAUAAAAAGAGUUAGACGUGCGUGUCUCAAUUGCAGAAAUUCCAAGGUAGCAUGUGAUCAGCAGCGGCCUUGUACCAGAUGUGUCAAGCAAGAGAUUGGUCACACCUGUUAUGAUUUGCCAAGGAAGAAGCGUGAAAAGAAGAUCAAACAACCACCCAAUGGCGCCUCGGCAAUUAUCGCCAACAAUUCACCCGGUGCCUCGCCGAGCGAUUCAGCCAAUGGUGGUAGCUUCAUUUCAAUCAAAUCAUAUUCAGGAAAUACACCCAUCUCCAGUCCAAAUAUCGGUGGUAUGUCUUUGAACAGUAGUAAUAACUAUCCUAUCUAUCAUCCUCCUACACAAGCAUCAAUCUCCCCACCAAAAAUACUGAUAUCCAGUCAAGUUCCAAACAACAAUUUUAGUUCAUCGCCACACUCUGAUAUUUCUACGCCACCCAAUCAUGGAUUCAGACUGUAUAACUCAUCAAACAAACAGUACACCGAAGAAGCAACCAACAUGGUUCCUUGCUCGCAGCCAAUAGACUUUUUAAAUAGUUCAACAAACUCUACUCAACAACAAAACUACAGUAAUACCAAUAGUAACAACAUCAAUAACAACAACAACAAUAGUAAACAAUCAUAUCAUUACUCAUCUAUUUUUCCCUAUAACGAAAAUACAUCGUCACCUUCAUCCUCUUCUUCCUCUUCCAAUUGUAAUAUGUAUAUAGUUCCAUGUAUCAACAAUAGUAGUAAGACCAAUUCCAACAACAACAACAACAAUAAAUCAUCUCAGCUAUACUCCUCAUCACCUCCACUACAACAAGCUUCCAUUCCACUAAAUAUGGUUAAUCAAGAAAAUUCUCCCUCUGCUUUUCUAAAGAAAAACAAUACCAUUGGAUGUCCAAAACUGGAAGAUAAGAUUCAUUACUCAGCUAAUCAACAACAACAACAACAACAACAACAACAAUUAUAUCUCUACCAACAAGACCAACUUUCAUCACCUGCUCAUUCCAAUACCAAUAGUCCAAAACAACUAUCACCAACUCUCACUAACCCAUUGAAACGUAGCUUCUCUGGAAUUCAAAACAAUCUACUCAACAUUAAGCGAAAGAACAUGUCAAACAGUGAACCAAACAUUCACUACUCGAAGACAUCCUUCUACGGCCAAAAUAGUAUGGUAAAUGGAGGUAGUAACAGUACGCCAGGUUCUGGUAGCAGUAGUAUGUACAGUAGCUAUGAUAGCCUUGAAAAACGUGUCAAUUGUGAAGACCAUCAGCAAUCAUCGUCAACUAACCAUUCCCCAAAAGAUACAAAUCGUUUAAACUUCAACAAUAGCAAUAGCAAUAGUAAUAGCAGUAGUUCAACUGGCAGUCCCUCGAGCAACACUGGGUUCAUAAAGAAUUUCGAAGACUAUCAAGUAGUACCGGUACUAACUUCCAAUCUUGCUCCUUCAGAUCCAAACUUCCCAUUCUACUCAUCAUAUCUACAAAAGAAUGGUAGCAAUACUAAUAACAAUAAUACACAUGGAAAUAUGAGUGGUUCUACAGUUGUCGUUACUCACAAUGGUGUUCAAUAUUGCGUUGAUUCAAACUCAUAUGAACUUCAACAAUCACAACAAUUGCAACACCAACAACAACAUCAACAACAUUCACAACAACAACAAAACUAUUUUAAAUAUCAACAACAUCAACAGCAAAAUAGUUAUAUUACCAGUGGACAACCACAACAACAACAAAUUAGUUAUUCAACGCCACAGGUCGAGGAUUAUCUUCUUCAACAAUCACAACAACAUAACCUAUUUGUACCAAGCACCAUCAACAUUGUACAAUCACAAUCACUUGACCAACAACAGUCUUCAUUUACUUCACAAACAACACAACUUCCUUACUAUAUAGGCCAAUCUCUAAAUAAUUCAAACGAAUACACUUAUAUAUAA